AUGGAGAAGAAGAAUGAAAUCACCGAGAGACACCAACCCGAGGACUGUGCCUUGGGUACCCUGGCGAUGGAUGACAAGAAGCUCGUUCGCAAGAUCGAUUGGCAUAUCUUGCCCAUCAUGUUUCUGACUUAUUUCCUGCAGAUGAUUGACAAGAUUUCAAUCAACUAUGCAAAUGUCAUGGGUCUGCAGGAUGAUUUGGGAAUGUCCGGCAAUGACUUCUCGUGGCUGGCAACGGCUUUCUUCAUUGCCUACGCCCUGGCUGAGAUCCCCCAGGCUGCCCUUCUUCAGCGGUUUCCGGUCUCAAAGGUUCUGGGCACCAAUGUCCUUUGCUGGGGUAUUAUUCUGUGUUGCUCCUCCGCGACUAAGAACUAUGCCGGCAUGCUCGCGCUGCGGAUUCUCCUGGGUUUGAUGGAGGCGGUAAUCGCGCCCUCUCUUACUCUGUACACGAGCAUGUGGUAUACCAGGGCAGAGUCAACGCCCCGAUACGGAUUCUGGUAUUGUGGUCUUGGGGUUGGACAGAUCAUCGGUGGAUUGAUCUCCUUCGCGGCUCAGCACGCGCCGGCGGGUUUGUCAUUUGGUGGAUGGCGGAUUAUGUUCGUCGUCAUCGGCGCAUUCAACGUCCUGAUUUCACUGCUUGUGCUUUUCGUGCUGCCAGAAACACCCGUGAAAGCCAAGUUUCUCAACGAAGAAGAGAAGCAGCGUAUCUUCCAGCGACUCCGCCAGGACCAAGCUGGCGUUGGCGUCAAGGUCUUCCGCUGGAGGUCUGUUCUUGAAGCAUUUGCCGAUCUUCAGACGUGGAUGCUGGUGCUUUUAACCAUUCUCAUCACAAUUCCGAGUGGUGUCAUCACUACGUUUUCGGCGAUUCUUAUCAAAGGUUUCGGGUAUGGCUCCAUGGAGAGCGCCUUGCUGAACAUGCCAUCCGGCGUGGUGAGCAUUGCUUCCACCAUGAUCUCCACAUAUGCGAUUUCCAAGGGGUUCUCGCGGUGGCUGGCUAUCGAUAUUUUGUUAAUUCCUACACUUGUGGGAUCUUGCCUGAUGUCAUUCCUCCCCGCUGAAAACAAAGGGGGCUGUUUAGCUGGGAUCUAUCUGGUCAAUACGACGGUCGCUCCUCUCGCUUUAAUUUACGCGUGGACCGGUGCCAAUUUCAAGGGUUACACAAUGAAGGUUUCCGGCAUGGCCAUCGUCUCGGCUGGAUUUAGUAUCGCAAACAUCAUCGGCCCGCAGACCUUCCAAGCCAAAGAUGCUCCUCGAUAUCUUCCUGCAAAGACUACUCUAGUAGCAGCGAAUGCUGCGGCAAUCGUAGUCUCCACUGGUCUGCGCAUCAUGUACGGGGUCCGCAACUCCGCGGCGGAUCGGCUCGGGGGGCCGGCGCGUAGCCAUAUGGAGGCACGACAGGCCCAUAAAGGAACCGUACAGGAUGUUCACGAUGAUGAAAACUUCCGUUAUGUUUACUAA